GGUAGUCCUGCUUUUAUAUCGGUCUGUCAUAACCUCAUUUAGUCAAUACAUAACCUAUCUGGUUUUUCUCAAAAUAAACUUGUUUGAGGAAAUUAUGUCAUUAAAAAUAUUAUUAAAUCAAAUACGAAAUUUAAAUUCGUUAUCAGCAACAAUAACAAAACCUCACCGAAAAAACUACCUGAGAACUUAUCCAACGUUAAUGGUAAAUACGGAUGGUUCGACUUACACAAUAAGGUAUCAUGAGCCUCGGCAAAUAAUAACGCUUCCGAUAAACAUUUGGACGUUAAGUGAAGCGGAACGUAAAGAACGUUUGGAUAGGCGUAAACCUAAAAAGAAGGUUAAAAUUGAAGAUGAUUUAGAAGACGAUUUUGAUUCAAAGAAAUAUUUGAAGUAUUUAAAAAAGUAAGGAUGUAGAUCACAAAAUAAAUAAAUAAAGGAGACUGUAGUUCAAUUAAUCUUAGUUUGUAAUAAAGAAUAAAUAACAAUUUUUACAAU